AUGAUCAAUCCAAACGAUUCGCGAUUGCCCCAGGUGGCAUCUUCCAUGUUCUUUCAGUAUAACUCUGCCCUCGGUCCUCCUUAUCACGUUCUGGUCGAUACCAACUUUAUCAACUUUUCGAUCCAAAACAAACUGGAACUUGUAAAGGCAAUGAUGGAUUGUUUGUACGCUAAAUCGAUUCCUUGUAUCACGGAUUGUGUUCUUGCCGAAUUGGAAAAGUUGGGUCCCAAAUAUCGUAUUGCACUCAAGAUUGCACGUGACCCUCGAUUCGAGCGAUUACCAUGCUCGCACAAGGGCACUUAUGCAGAUGACUGCCUUGUUCAACGGAUUAUGCAGCACAAGUGUUAUAUCGUGGCAACCUGUGAUCGUGAUCUGAAGCGACGUAUCCGUAAAGUUCCUGGUAUCCCGAUCAUGUAUAUCUCUGGUAGACGCUAUGUGAUUGAACGUUUGCCUGAACUUGGUACCAACACGUAUUAA